AUGAAUGAUUUGUUUUCCAAUUCCUUUAAGCAAUAUCAAGACUUAAAGAGACAAGCAUACGUUGAUGAUAUGGAGGCUGGUGGUGGUGUCAUAAAUGAAACAGUUGAUCUUGACAAGUUCUUCCUAGACGUUGAAAACGUGAAGAAAGACAUGAUGGUUGUCGAGGAGCUCUACAAGAAGCUACAAGAGUCGAAUGAAGAGAGCAAGAUGGUCCAAAAUGCCAAUAAGAUGAAGCAGCUCAGGUCCAAGAUGGAUUUGGAUUUUACACAAGUGUUGAAGCAUGUGAAGGUCAUUAACGGGAAGCUAGAGGCCCUCGACAAGUCUAAUGUUGAAAAUCGAAAGAUCCCAGGUUGUGGUCCUGGCUCAUCAGCUGAUCGGACCCGCAUAUUGGUUGUUAGCGGUUUGGGUAAGAAGCUCAAGAUCAUGAUGGACGAAUUCCAAGAGUUGCGGACCCUCAUAAAUGAUGAGUACAAGAAGACUGUCGGGCGAAGAUACUUUACCAUCACCGGUGAACAAGCCAGCGACGAAGUAAUUGAUAAUUUAAUAUCAACGGGAAAAGGUGAAGAAUUUCUACAAAAAGCAAUCCAAGAUCAGGGUCGAGGCCAAAUCAUGGACACAAUCUCAGAAAUUCAAGAAAGGCAUAAUGCUAUUAUAGAAAUAGAGAAGAAUCUGAUUGAACUACCCCAGAUUUUCUUAGACAUGGCCGUGUUAGUAGAGGCCCAAGGACAACAGUUGAACGACAUUGAGAGUCACGUAGCCCAUGCAAGUUCAUUUGUCCGACUUGGGACCGUACAACUAAUAGAAGCAAAGGAGUUCCAAAAGAGCUCAAGAAAAUAUACUUGCAUCGCAAUCAACAUUUUCCUUAUUAUUAUCUUCAUUGCGAUUUGCUCCAUUAAGUUAUUGACAAACUUACAUUUCUGA